ACGUAACUUCGAAAACAGCAGCGCGAAAAGCAGGUCGGCAGCCAACAACAUUUCUACCUUUGGAGUGUCGGUACCAAAAUAUGUCAUAUUGGAGUUUUAACGUUAUAUAACGUGUAUUUUUGUCCCAUGUUGUCACAUUUAGAAAGCUUCUGUUUUUUUUAGUUUUAGUAUUUUCGGUUUAUAAACGUUAGCUUAGCCAAACGUCGCUGCUUUGCCUUAGCUGCAUUAACGUUACCUUUGUUAUGUAUUAACCUUAAUGCUAACUAGCUAAUAUGAAGCCUGCUCGAGGGUCUAACCGGGCCCCAACAAACGCACCUACGGUCAAAAACAGGAAAAAAACUGAUAAUACACAGGAAACAACAGCGAAUCAGGACCAGAAGCCCAUUAACGGUCACAGUGCCAAGAAACCAAAACCAACAGAGAAGAGAAAAGCUGAAGACAGCUCAUCUUCAGUCCCCAAGAAAGUCAAAGCUCAGGACAACUGGAAGCCCAUGCUCAGGUCCUCGAUCAUCGCUCUGGAGAACAUAAUGGACUUAGCAAUACUUGCAGCUCUUCCUUUGAGGCGGACAGAGAAGAAAGAGAGCCAGGAACAUCUGAACAUAAUGAAAAACAGGUUCCUUGGUCAAUGUGCACAGCUCAAAGUUCCAGUGCAGAAACAGAAAAAUCUGGAGCAUUCAUCUCAGCGCCAUCAGGAGGAGACAAAGAAGUCAGUGGUUGGAAAGAAGACUCUGAGCACCCUUGAGGAAGAUUUGAGGGCUGUAGUCAGUGCUCUGGAGAAGACAGAAGAGCAGACUGUGUCAUUACAGCACUCAUGCAGUAUGCUUAGAGACCAGGUGGAGGAGGAGGAGGAGAAAGCUAAACAGAUUUUACAGACAAUUGAACAAACAGUUCUCAACCUCCCCCGUCUUCCGCUACAGAAAGAUGGCAUAUCAUUGGAGGCUAGAUUGAGAAAGAUUAUACCAGACAGUCACUCUGAGACCACUGCCCGGAAACUAGGAGAAAUCCUGCAGAAAUCGGAGGCAGUUCAGGAUGACCAGGUGCUGCUUCUACAGGCACACAAACAUGCUGAUCAGCUCUUCAGCCAAACUAAACUGUGAUGCAACCAGUUCAGAGGGGAUGCAGCCAAAGUUGUCCUUAAACUAGGUUACAUUUUUUUUUAAAAAGGAAAUUGACUAAUGAAAGUAGUUUCAACUUUUCACACCUAGUUGCUUUGAUGUCCGGAGCACUGUUUUCUUGGUAUUAACUCUACUUUCACUUGUGUGGUUGCUUUUGUGGUUUAUUUCUGCUUAUAGUGCACAAAAAGUUAUUCUCAUUCUGCAUCCUGUUUUUCCCUUAUGCUGCCUUUUCACAGCUUUAACUUAAAUAAGAAUGGACUGGUCCACUAUGGAUGCAUUUGUCUUGCAAUGAAAAGAAAGCUCAGGUGUCAAACUUCCCUGUUGUCAUUUGAGGGUAAAUACCAGGACAAAAAACUUUAUUAAAAAAUACUGUACAUGCAAA